AUGGCAAUGGAAAAUGAGUGAGUUUUAUUGGGUCCCAACGCGAAAAAAUGAAAAAAUUAGCAUUGCUCAUGUUAGAGCUCAAAAUUCUGAUGUUUUGAGCCAAAAUUCGAGAGAUUUGGUGAAUUUUGAAGCAUUGCUCAUGUUAGAGCUCAAAAAUUCGAGAAUUUUCAAUAUUUUCAAUAAUUGCUCAUAUUAGUCUUUAAAAAUUCAGAAAAUUUUAUUAAAAUUUCCAAUUUUUAAUCAAAAAUAUAUGUUUUUCUCUGCAAUUUUCAGCCUCAUUUUUCGCCGAGCUGAAAAUAGCAAAAUGUGCUCAAUGAGCUGCUUUUUUCUCCUUUUUUCCAGUUUUUUUCGCUGUCCACUAAUUAUGCAUUCCUCCCUUUUUUUUCGCCAACUUUUUCCUUUUUUAGGCCUCUAAAAAGUACUUUUUAUUUGUUUUUUCUGUUUUUUUUUCUUGCUCAAAAAAAAAAUGCGAAAAUUUGAAUUUGAAAGAAAAUGAGAAAAUUUGUGGGAAAAUUAUGGAUUUUUCCAUUAAAUACACAUUUUUCGCGCUGAAAACGAUGAGAUAGCUGAAAAUGAGCAAUUCCAGAGUUUUCAGCAUGAAAAAUGAGCUAGAAAUGUUUUUGGAGCAUUUUGGAGCCCUGGGUGGAGAAAAGGUGACCCCCUGUUACUUACGGUUAAGGGGGAUCACCUUUUCUCCAAAAAAAAACGUUUCUGCAGUUUUUCGUGCUGAAAAUCAACACUUCCAGCAUUUUCAGCACGAAAAAUUGAUCUGAAACUGAAUUUUUGGCUUUAAUUCCAUGAUUUCCAGGGGAAACCCGGUUUUCAGCAUCAAAUUAUAGUUUCAGACCAGUUUUUCAGCAUGAGAAAUUGAUUUUGUUCAGUUUUGGCUUGAAAAAUAUGGGAUUGAGAAUUUUAUUUUUGAUUCAAAUCGAUUAAACGCACAGCAUUGAAAAAAUUGAUAAUAAAUUAUAUCAAAAUUUUGAAACGUAUUUUUUUUUGGUUUUGAAAAAUUCGAAUUUUUGAAUCAAAAUUUGACUCAAAAGCGGCGAAAAUGAAAGUUGUUCGUGCUGAAAACGAGGGAAUCGCUGAAAAUCAACACUUUCUGCAUUUUCAGCACGAAAAAUUGGUCUGAAACUGGAUUUUCGGCGUUCAUUCCAGGAUUUCCAGGGGAAACCCGGUUUUCAGCAUCAAAUUAUAGUUUCAGACCAAAAUUUCGUGCUGAAAACCAUGGUUAUGCUGAAAAUAAGCAAUUUCAGCAUUUUCAGCGUGAAAAAUUGAUUUGGAAAAGUUUUGGAGCCCUUAAAAAUCAAGUCAUUUUCAUUUGAGUUGAACUUUUGACCUUUUGACCUCUGUAUAUAUAUUCUAGAUCAAUUUUUCGCGCUGAAAACGAUGAACUGGCUGAAAAUAAGCAAUUCCAGUGUUUUCAGCACGAAAAAUUGAUUUGGAAAAUUUUUUGAACUCUUACAUUAAUUAAUGGAGGGGGGGGGGGUCAAUUUUUUUUUCAGAAAUUCAAAUUUUUGCCCAAAAAUUUUCUAGAUCAAAAUUUCGCGCCGAAUUCAAUAAUACCACUUAAAAUGAGCAAUACCCACAUUUCUAGCCUCAAAAGUACCCAAUCCAACUGCAGAAAAAAGUAAUGUUGUUAUUUUUUUUAUGUGGACACCAGCUGGUUGUUUGAUGAUGAUGAGGGGGUUUCUUCUUCUUCUUCUCCCGAAAAAAAUACGAAAAAUUCUUUUUUCCUCUAUUUUUCCUUUAGUUCAGCUCUCUAUACUCUUUUUUCCUCUAUCUUUCUAUCUAUAGCUCAAUUAUCCAUCCCGAGAAAAAAAAGAAAGGAAAAAAAGAAGAACCAGAAACAUUUUUUUGUGUGUCCGGCUUUUUUAGUUCAGAUUUUGGAGCGAUUUUGAGUGCUGAAAAUGCUGGAAUUGCUCAUUUUCAACUAGCUCAUCGUUUUCAGUGAGAAAUUUUGGUCUAUAUAAGUUUUUGGCUGAAAAUUUUGAAUUUUUGAGGAAAAUGUGACCCCCCCCCCUUUUAAAGGGCGUCAAAAUUUAAAAAAAUUCCCAAAAAAAUUUCCAAGCUUAAUUUUCACGCUGGAAAUGCUGGAAUUGCUCAUUUUCAGCUAGCUCAUCGUUUUCAGCACAAAAAACUGAUCUAGAAAAGUUUUUGGCUGAAAAUUUUGAAUUUUUGAGGAAAAUAUGACCCCUGCCUCAUGAAUUUUGGAUUCUAGGCUUCUGAAAAUAUUCUAGACCUAUUUUUCACGCUGAAAAUGCUGGAAUUGCUCAUUUUCAGCUAGCUCAUCGUUUUCAGCACGAAAAACUGAUCUAGAAAAAAUUUUGGCUGAAAAUUUUGAAUUUUCGAGGAAAAUGUGACCCCCCCCUUUCAGGAGGUAUCAAAAUUUUUUAAAAAAUUCCCAGAAACUUUUCCAGGCUUAAUUUUCACGCUGAAAACGCUGGAAUUGCUCAUUUUCAGCUAUCUCAACGUUUUCAGUACGAAAUUCUGAGCUAGAAACUCAUUUUCUAGAAAAAGGUGACCCCCCUUUACAGUAAGUACAGGGGGUCACCUUUUCUUAAUCCAGGGGCCCAAAACGGUCCAAAAACAUUCCUAGAUCAAUUUUUCGCGCUGAAAACGCUGAAAUUGCUCAUUCUGAGCUAGCUCUACGUUUUCAGCAUGAAAAUUUGAUCUAGAAAAGUUUUUGGCUGAAAAUUUUGAAUAUUUGAGGAAAAUGUGACCCCUGCCUUAUGAGUUUUAGAUUCUAGACUUCUAAAAAUAUUCUAGACCUAUUUUUCACGCUGAAAACGCUGGAAUUGAUCAUUUUCAGCUAUCUCAACGUUUUCAGUACGAAAUUCUGAGCUAGAAACUCAUUUUCUAGAAAAAGGUGACCCCCCUUUACAGUAAGUACAGGGGGUCACCUUUUCUUAAUCCAGGGCUCAAAAACUUUUCCAGAUCAAUUUUUCACGCUGAAAACGCUGGAAUCGCUCAUUCUGAGCCAGCUCUACGUUUUCAGCGCGAAAAAUUGAUCUAGAAACGCUGAAAAUCCUCAUUUUCAGCCGAAGCUUCAAAAAACUCAUUAAUAAUAUUUUUCCCAUUUUUCUUCUUUCAUGUAUUUUCUUCAAAAAAAAACUUUUUUUUUCUUGCGACGAAAUUUUUUCCAAAUUUCCGUCCUUCUGCUUUUUUUUUGAAGUGCUUUCCUUUUGUUUUCCCAAUUAUUUCGCUUUUUCGGAAAAAAAAAUUUUUUUCCGAAGAAAAAUCGAAUUUUUCGCCAAAAAUUCGAUAUUUUAAGCCGUGUGUGAAAGUUUUUCUGUUUUGAAAAAAAAACAAAAAAAAAUUUUGGAACUUUUUUCUCUGCACUCUCCAAUCUCUAGGAAUAAUAAAAGCUAAAAAUAUAUAUAAAAGAAAGAGAGCGUGUGUGUUUCAAAAAAUGUGUAAUGUUUAUAUAAAACAAAAAAAUUUUGAUGGUCCCUAGGAAUUUUAAUGGUCCCUUUGAUUUUUUAGGGUAUUUUUCUGAAAUUUUGAAGGGGAUUCUGGAUUUUUCAAAGAAUUUUGAGCAUUUUGAAACCAAACACAGGAAUUUUCAGAUUAAUAUGAGCAAUCCCUUUUUCCUUUUUGAGCUCUACACAAAAUAGACCGUGUUUGGUCUCAAAAUUCCGCAUUUUUUAAGUAGAUCUCAAAUUUUUCCACCAAAAUUGCCCAUUUUCAGGUGCUCAUCAGGCAGCACGGGUGGCCUAUGGCCGAUGCCUUUCCAGCCAACAGAACAGCAACAGCAACAACAAACCGAAGAAGAGCGAAUACGUGAAGUGCUACGCGAAUUGAAAUCGAGAAAAGAGGGCGGAGACGUGAAGGAGGAUAUUGAGAGAAUCGAACGGAUUCUGCGAGACCCGCUUUUCAAACAAUUGUCGUGUCAGGUGGGGGAUUUCCAAAGUGAAAAAAUCUAUUUUUCGCGCUAAAAACGAUUAGUUGGCUGAAAAUAGGCAAUUCCAGCGUUUUCAGCACGAAAAAUUGAUCUAGAAAAAUAUUUUGGAGCCCUGCCUUGAACAAGAUGACCCUAUCCCAUUACUUAGGGGGACAUUUUUCUCGAGGAAAAGUUUCUAGACCAAAAUUUCGUGCUGAAAACGAUGAUUUGGCUGAAAAUGAGCAAUUCCAGCGUUUUCAGCACGAAAAAUCGAUUUUAAAAACUUCCGGAGCCCUGUCUCGAAAAAAGUGACCCCCCCCCAUUACUUAAGGGGAGGGGGUCACCCUUUUCCCGAGGAAAAGUUUCUAGAUCAAUUUUUUGCGCUGAAAACGAUGUUCUGGCUGAAAAUGCGCAAUUUCAGCGUUUUCAGCGUUAAAAUUAAGCAUGGAAAAGUUUCUGAGAUUUUUUUUAAAUUUUGAUGCCCUUUAAAAGGGGGGGGGGGGUCACAUUUUCCUCAAAAAUUCAAAGUUUUCAGCCCAAAAAUUUUCUAGAUCAAUUUUUCGUACCGAAAAUGAUGAUAACGCUAAAAAUGAGCAAUUCCAGCGUUUUCAGCACGAAAAAUUGAUUUUUGAAUCAAAAAUAAAAUUCUCAAUCCCAUAUUUUUCAAGCCAAAACUGAACAAAAUCAAUUUUUCAUGCUGAAAAACUGGUCUGAAACUAUAAUUUGAUGCUGAAAACCGGGUUUCCCCUGGAAAUCAUGGAAUUAAAGCCAAAAAUUCAGUUUCAGACCAAUUUUUCGUGCUGAAAAUCCUGGAAGUGUUGAUUUUCAGCACGAAAAACUGCAGAAACGUUUUCCGGGAGAAAAGGUGACCCCCUUAACCGUAAGUACAGGGGGGGGGGUCACCUUUUUGCCACCCCGGGCUCCGAAAUGCUCCAAAAACAUUUCUAGUUCAAUUUUUCGCGCUGAAAACGAUGUUCCGGCUGAAAAUGAGCAAUUCCAGCGUUUUCAUCGCGAAAAAUUGAUCUAGAAAAAAUUUUAGUCCAAAAAAUAAAAAAUUUAUAUAAUUUUCACGUGACCCAGUUCAAAAAUAACAAAAUGACGUGUCCGUAAAAAAUUCAGUUCUCAAAAAUCAAUAAAUUCGAAAAGGCUGGUUUUGAAGUGGAAAAUGACUACGGUAUGUACAGUACUCCCUACAGAUCUACAAUAAUUCUUGUGAGAAUAUUAUAUCAGAAAAGGCUUAAAAAUCCCGAAAAUUUGUUUCUGGAUCAAUUUUUCGUGCUGAAAACGAUGAGUUCACUUAAAAUUAGCAAUUUCAGCAUUUUCAGCAUGAAAAACUGAUCUAGAAAAGUUUUGGGAGCCGGGUUAGCAAAAUUAGACCCCCCUCAAAGCGAGGGGGGGGGUCCAUUUUUUUCAGAAAAUCGUUUCUAGACCAAAAUUUUUCGCUGAAAACGAUAAACUAGCUUAAAAUGAGCAAUUCCCGCAUUUUCAGCAACCAAUCUCACCUCCUAAAAAAUCCACGCCACCAUCAGCCACAACUUCAACUAACUCUGCUGAAACCGCUUCCCCGCAAGACCCGGAUUUCUCGAUUCGUCUCAAAAAUCGAUUUUUGGCCGAAAAUCCCGAUUUCGAGCUCAAAUCCAACCAAAAAUUGCAUUUUGGUGUGUUGGAGGCGAAAUUGGUCAAAGAGACGCAGAUUUUGGAGACGAAAGAGAAGAAAUCACGAUUGUUGAUUGUUGGACCCAAGGAUAUCAAGACAAGGUGUGGUUUUCAAACGGACAUUGGGUCUUGAAGCGAUCUACAGUAGUUUUCGCGUGAAAAUUUGAAAAUUUCAUCUAAAAGCGAGAAUUUUGAGUAUAAACAUGGCUAUUGUAAUGUAAAAUUUUCAAAACUCAAUUUUUCCCGCCAAAUUUUGCCACGUGGCAUCGGAAAAUCUCUACGGGACCCAGAAAUUCAAAAAUUUUAGAUGAAGACCAGAAUUUUGAGUAUAAAUAUGACUAGGGUACUGUAGGUUUCAAUUUUGGCGCCAAAAAACCACGUGUCAUGAUUUUUUGGCGCCAAAAUCGAAUCGUACAGUAACCCGAGCAUGUUUAUACUCGAAAUUAUUGUCUCACUCUGAAUUUUCUGAUUUUCCGGGUCCCGCAGCGAUUUUCCAAUGCCACGUGGCAACAUUUUGGCGGGAAAAUUCGGGUUUUGAAAAUUUUACAGUAUUCUAAACAUGUUUAUACGCAAAAUCUUUGUCUUAACCUGAAAUUCAUGAAUUUUUGGGUCCCGCAGCGAUUUUCCUAUGCCACGUGGCGAAAUUUGGCGCGAAAAUUCGGGUUUUGAAAAUUUUACAGUAUUCUAAACAUGUUUAUACGCAAAAUCUUUGUCUUAACCUGAAAUUCAUGAAUUUUUGGGUCUCGCAGCGAUUUUCCGAUGCCACGUGGCAAAAUUUGGCGGGAAAUUUUGAGAUUUGAAAAUUUUACAGUACCCUAAGCAUGUUUAUAUUCAAAAUCUUCGUCUCAACGUGAAAUUCAUGAAUUUCUGGGUCUCGCAGCGAUUUUCCUACGCCACGUGGCAAAUUUUCAAGAUUUUCCCCUUGUCACCCGCAAGUAAUCCUCAUUCAAUUCUUCAAUUUUUGCCUCCAUUCUAGAGCUCGUUUUCGUUUCCCUCCCCCUUUUUUUUUCCUAUUUUCUAUUUUUUUUUCUUCGUCAAUUAUUUCACAACUUGUCUUUUUUUCUUCUUCUCCAGUUUUUUUUAGUGCCUUGUUUAGUAGUUUUGGAGGAGCGGCCACACAAAAUACUGACUGCAUUGGGGUCGAAAGAAUCUAUUUUCUUCUUUUCGUAAAGUUUUUUGCUGUUUUUUUUGUUGUUGGUUGAAAAGUUAAAUGCCCCCUUUGUGUUAAGUUUUUUUGAUAGACUUUGGGGAAUUUUUGGAAAUUUUUUUGUUGAGAAAAUAGCAUUGCUCAGGUUUUUUUUUUUGGCUGAAAAAUCGGAUUAUAGCCCAGAAAUCUGAAUCUGAGCAAUGUUCUUGAAAACUUGGGGUAAUGUUUCAAUUUUUGACGAAAAUAUAACCUGAGCAAUGUUUAUUUCAAAAAUUGUAUAGAAUCAAUAUUUUGGCACAAAAAAGCUUGAAAUUUAUAACAUGAGCAAUGAAAAAUAUUGCUCAGAUUAUAAAUUCUCACUUUUUUUCCUAAAAUUUUGAUUCUAUACAAUUUUUGAAAUAAACAUUGCUCAGAUUAUAUUUUCAUCAAAAAUUGAAACAUUAGCCCAAGAACAUUGCUCAGGUUAGUGUCUUUGCCUAACCUGAGCAAUGGUAGUCUCAAGUUUAGGAAUUUUGUGAAAACUAGUUGCUCAGAUUAGUGAAAAUUCCAGAUUUCCACAUAAAAAUCUGAAAAUUUCAGUUUUUCAGCCCUAAAAGGGCCCAUUAAAAAUUCAAAAUUUCCCAUAAAAAUGCAAAAAAUGUCUUCCCAAAUUUUUUUUCGUUCGCCAAAAAAAAAUCGCAUUAAAAAUGUAUUUUCUUGACCGCCGACAGAUGUCAGUUCCAAAAUAAAAAAAACAAAAAAGAUGUUUUUUUUUCGAAAAAAAAAUCACACAUACACUUUUUUCGCUGUCGUUUUUUUGUUCACUUAAGCUCCCUUUUUUCUCCCAUUUUCAAGUCAUUUGUUGGAAAAAUGGAUUUUUUCACUUUUUUUGUUGAAAAUAGUGGGAAAUUCUUGGAAUUUCAGCCAGUUUUUCGUGCUGAAAAUCAACACUUCCAGCAUUUUCAGCACGGAAAAUUGGUCUGAAACUGAAUUUUUGGCUUUAAUUCCAUGAUUUCCAGGGGAAACCCGGUUUUCAGCAUCAAAUUAUAGUUUCAGAUCAGUUUUUCAGCAUGAAAAAUUGAUUUUGUUCAGUUUUGGCUUGAAAAAUAUGGGAUUGAGAAUUUUAUUUUUGAUUCAAAUCGACUAUACGCUCAGCAUUGAAAAAAUUGAUAAUAAAUUAUAUCAAAAUUUUGAAACGUAUUUUUUUGUUUUUGAAAAAUUAGAAUUUUUGAAUCAAAAUUUGACUCAAAAGCGGUGAAAAUGAAGGUUGUUCGUGCUGAAAAUGAAGGAAUCGCUGAAAAUCAACAGUUUCAGCAUUUUCAGCACGAAAAAUUGGUCUGAAACUGGAUUUUUGGCGUUCAUUCCAGGAUUUCCAGGGGAAACCCGGUUUUCAGCAUCAAAUUAUAGUUUCAGACCAGAUUUACGUGCUGAAAACGCCGGAAUCGCUGAAAAUCAAGAACUCUAG